GUCGCUGCGUUUGCGACCGUCAUUACCGAGCACACAACCAUCAUCGCCGAGCGCGACAAGCAUUCUCCCACCCCUCCCUCGCUCCGGCGCAUAUCCAAGAAUGUGGGCUCGAUCAGCAGCAGCUCAAACCCUGAGAGGCAUCUCCUCGGCAGCAGCGACCGCAGCGCGACAGGGCCGCCACAAUGGCAUUCCAGCUCGGCUGCUUUCGACGAGCCCAAGCUCUCGCAACAACAGCGGCCCGUCGUCUGCCUCGGCUCCAUCGGCUCCAUCUGCAUCGUCCGGUUCACAGAGUCUAUCCCGGCACGACAUCCUUGCCGCCGCGCUCCCUCCAGGCGCCCGAGUUCCCAAGGCCGUCACGAACUUUGGCUUCACCAUCGGCGACAUCUCGAUCCAAGGCCCGGCCUUGAUCGUCAGCGGCGGGACGGUCCUGAUGUGGGACGUGCCUCAGUUCGGCGUCGGAAGCGACGUUGUUGUCGAGGGCCUGGAUGAGCGGGUCCAGUCGGCGGUCGAGGAAGGACUCGAGACCGACCCGGGCUCGGUCUUUUACGGCUGGACAGCAGAAGUCUUCAAGAUCUUUGAAGUGCUACAUCCGACGCCAGAGAUUCUGGUCAUCGGCACCGGCGUGCGCUCACACCCGCUGCCAGAAAACCUCCGCAAGUACCUACACUCUCUUGGAAUCCAGAUCGAGAUCCUUCCAACGAGACAUGCUGCGUCGACCUACAGCCUGCUUCUCGGCGACGGACGAGUUGUUGCUGCUGCACUUUUGCCGAUGAUUCCCACGUCGGCUCGCAGUGGCCGUCCCGUGGUCGAUAUCCAACAGGAACCUGCCCAAAAGCCAUGAUGAAUCAUGGGGGGGGGGAGGGACAGCAAGUCCCGGCCUCCUCUCCUAUCCCUCUCUCGGUCUCUUUCUCUCACGCUCUGGUUGAGGUGGAUCUCCCACGGUCCCAAGGGGCACCAUGAGAGCCUGGCUCGAGUGAAUCAGGUGCCUGUUGCGCCUUCCAACCGCUUUGAUUUGAAGUAUUUAGGAGCUCACAUGAACAUAACAUGAACAUGAACGUGGACAUGAGCACGAACGUGGACAUGAAUAUGAAUUCGUAUAUGAUCCAGCACGCACAGCUCUGCUUGUGGUACUCGACGGCUCUGCAUGAACACACUGCUCGCUUGCCCUGUACCUGCGCCGAUGAAUCGAGAACUGGAGUUGAGGAUCGGAGGAUCGGAGGAUCGGAGGAUCGGAGGAUCGGAG